UAUAAUCACUGGGGAAAUAAAGAUUUGAUGUAAUAAAUAAAUAUGAAUGUCAAGAACAGCCCUCAAAUUCAGGAGAAGGGAACCUCUCCACACCUGUCUCGGCAAUCAUCUAAGUCAAGUUCCCGCAGGGGAAAGUUUCAUCAGAGUGUGGAUCCACCUAGUCCCGUAUCAGUAGGAUGCUGCGCAGGCUUCAGCAGUUCCAAGAAUAAUGGAUCCAAUUCCUCAACAUCACAGCAAAAAAGUCAGUAUCAGCAAAAAUACCAAAGGCUUGAAUCAAAGGUGGCAAAUUUAGAAAAGGAAGUGCAAAAGCAAACAGAACUACGAGUGAUGUACAAGAAAAGAAUGGAAAGGACACAGGACUACUUGAGGUACUGCCUUCAGAUAGCACAGGAGAAUGGAAUAUUGAACCUCAUUAAAGAAGAACUUCAACAAUCUCCUCUCUCUAUCCACACCUCAAUCAGCACCAUUGCCAGCCCCGCCAAGAGUCCCACUCAUUCACACCACCAUCCCAGUCUAGCUGCCAUCACUAAUCAAGCCAAAAUCAAUGGAUGGUAUAUUGAACCAACUGAGAUUCAAUUGGAAGAAAAAAUUGGGCAAGGAAGCACAGCAGACAUUUAUAGGGGAACAUGGCGUGGAUAUGAUGUAGCUGUGAAGUGCAUAUUACCUGAUUUCUUCAACACAAAAGAAAACGGCGUCGAUUUCUUCGCUCAGGAGCUUGAAACUUUAUCGAGGCAACGCCACCGUUUUGUGCUUCAGCUUAUGGGUGCGUGCCUUGACCCUCCGCGCCACGCAUGGGUGGUGACCGAGUAUCUGAGCUCAAAUUUGAAGGAGUGGUUGCAUGGCCCUGGGAACCGGAAGAGAGACAGAACUGUGCCGUUUCCACCCUUCAAAGAUAGAGUGGUGAUGGCAUUGGAAAUUGCCCUGGCCAUGCAGUACCUCCAUGAACAAAAGCCCAAAGUGAUUCACCGUGACUUGAAGCCCAGCAAUAUUUUCCUUGAUGAUUCUUUGCAUGUUAGGGUUGCUGAUUUUGGUCAUGCUAGAUUCUUGGGUGACGGGGAAAUGGCUCUCACCGGAGAAACAGGAACUUAUGUGUACAUGGCACCCGAGGUGAUUCGAUGUGAACCUUAUAAUGAAAAAUGUGAUGUGUAUAGCUAUGGGGUAAUACUAAAUGAACUACUAACUGGAAAUUACCCUUACAUUGAGACGGAAUAUGGUCCUACUAAGAUUGCCAUGGAAGUCGUGGAAGGAAAGCUACGGCCUCAGCUUCCGUCUAAUGAUGUUGACAACCUAGAAGAGCUCAUUGACCUCAUUUGCCUUUGUUGGGAUGGAAAUCCAUCUACUCGACCAUCCUUCGCAAAAAUCACUCUUUGCCUCAAAAGUUAUGUGAAGAAGUUCCUUUCCACUAUUGUUUAAAAUUAAGCUAUUUAUAGAAUGUUGUGAUUGUCGUUCUAAAACCCAGCUAACAAUUCUGGUCCAACUUAUCCCGCUAAAAGAUGUUACAAACAUCUAUUUUAACAUAAAUUUAUAUUGUUUA